UUGGUGUAUUUUCACUGCGUCCAUGUCUGACAUAUACAACCUGGACUCGCAGUGCGUCUCUCCACCAUGCAACAUGAGCUGGGCCAUGGAGCCAGCCAACUUCUAUGAUAAUAAAGUGAUGCCAGGGGAUGCCAAAUCAAGGAUGCCAGGGGGUGAACAUGGCAUCGCCGAGGACAACAACAACAGCAGCAGCAUGGUGGAGCUCAGCAACGCCCCCGCCGUUUACGACGAUGAGAGCGCCAUCGACUUCAGCGCGUACAUCGAGUCCAUGUCCACGGUACCCCUGGAGAUCUGCAACGACGAACUGUUUGCAGACUUGUUUAACAACACUGUGAAGCAAGAAAAGCCUGACUUUUACAUGCCCGGCCACCAGCAGCUGGGAAGCACACAUGGCACCUUUGCGCAAAAGAGCUUGGAGAGGCAGCAGCACCAGGAUGGGGGCUUUGGAAAGGGCGCGUUUUGCGCACCAAUCAAGAAGGAGGCGGACUGGAGUGACAGUGACCAGUCCUCCUCGUUACCGUCGCAGAUCGAAACGUGCGCGCAGACUUCGGUGAGCCUGCACACGGGGCAACCGACGCCGCCCACCACGCCAGAACCCGAGGCAAUCGGCCAGCCAUCCAUCCACAGGAGGCUGGGUAAGGAGAAAGGCAAAAAGACAAUCGACAGGCACAGUCCGGAGUAUCGACAGAGACGCGAGAGGAACAACGUCGCCGUGCGUAAAAGCAGGGACAAGGCGAAGCAGCGCAACAUGGAGAUGCAGCAGAAGAUGAUCGAGUUGGGCGCGGAGAACGAGCGGCUGUACAAAACCAUCGAUCAGUUGACACGAGAACUGGGCAGCCUCAGACACUUCUUCAAGCAGCUGCCCGAACCUGCUUUUGGCACGGGGGCGCGCACGGCUGUUGACAGUCGGUGACGCCCCCCAUACCCAGAACAAUUCCUGCCAGUUUUCUCUCAAACAUACCUCAGUGAACCCGAAUUAUUUUUUUUUCUGUAACAAACGCGUUACACAUUGGAUGACUUUGGACUUUGGCACUGAACGGCGAUUAUUUUUGAAAAUCUCUGUUGUUGUUUUUGUAUUCUAAAUUAUUACAGAAAAUACUUCAUAUACAUACAUAUAUAUAUAGUUUUAUGGUACCUGUUUUAUAAUUCCAAACUUCGUAUUAAUGCCAGAGUAUGUUUUGCAAUUU